GGACGGUGACUCCAAUCUUCGCUGAACCUCGAACUCUCAGGAACAACAACAACAACUCUCAAAACAACAACAACAACCUGGUCAAUGACAAAUUAAAAUACCGAAAUACAAUGCAAGCAAUAAGCUUUAAUGUCAAGUUAUUAGUUCAGAAAACUCCACUAUGGGUGCAAGUGGCUACUGUAAUGAAGUUGAAAGUUCCACCUGAUUAUAAGCAUGUGGUGAUGCCGGCUCGAAACCGUCUGCCACUGUUGCCAAAGCAACCAGAGCCCCUGAAUUCUCACUUUCCUUUCCCCAAGAUGCAAAAGAAGCUGUACCUGAUGAGGGGCCCAGAACCAGUACACAAUGAUAUCAUCUAUGGAGAGUUUGCAAUUCAGGCUCUAGAAGGUGGGAGGUUGCGGUUCGCACACUUAGAGAGCAUACGUAUGCAGGUUAUUCGCAAAAUGAAUGAGAAGACAACCUUUGCGCAUUACCGCGUGCCCCCACCAUGGCAGUCCGUGACUAAGAAGCCUUUAGGGCACAGAAUGGGCAGUGGGAAAGGGUCCAUCGAUCGUUGGGAAGUCCCUAUAAAGCCGGAUCGAAUCAUUAUCGAGUUUGGUGGACAGGUGGAGUUCAAAGAAGUUCAGCGCCUCAUGGAAACCAUUCGUGGCUUUUUGCCUUUCAAAGCACGUGUCAUAACUCGACAAGAUUUAAAGGAAGAGAAACAAAGAGCAGAAGAAUUGAAGGACAAGAAUAUGAAUCCGUUCUCUUAUAGGAAAUGUGCUAUGGACAAUAUGCUUGGGAUGAAGCAUAAAUUGAGUCCAUACACUAUUGAGUUUGAUGGUAAAUACAGAUGAACAGAAUUGUUUUUUUAUUCAUCAAAUAAAAAAAUUCAAAUACAUGUACAUCA